AGGGUAGUAGUAUUGAAGACAAAAGAAUUAUUAUCAUUUUAAUCCACUUUUUGUCUUGAUCCAUUAUAAGACCACCCUCUAUUUUAAGACUAUACUAGAUGACAAAAAACAAAACAAACAGAUGGUGAAAAAGGCAAAGUAAACACAGAAUUCAUGUGAUCAAAGAGGAGGAAAUUAUGGGUGGGGAACAGCUAAGGUUGAACUUGUUUCUUAUAUCAUCUUUUUUAUGAGAAAUGAUUCAAUUCCUCAAUACUCCUUUGUUCUAUAUGCUUUAAAGCUUUAGAUCUAAGGACUUGCUGUUAAAGAAAGUGCAAUUGCUGUUGUGAUGAUGGAAAAGGCCUUAUUGAAUAUAGAUAAAAGAGCAAUUUUUUACCAGAUUUUUCGUCCCACAAUCACUAGUAAACUGAGAAUUCCAGCCUGGUUUCGUAGGCAUAUUUCAGAAGAAUCACCAGAUAAAGCAACUCUGAAGUGUCAUUCGGGUGGCACUUGGAAUGUGAAACUACAGUGUGAUGAAGAUGGUUUGCUUAUACACAAAGGUUGGAAGAAACUUCUGAAAUAUAACCAACUACAAGAUGGGGAAUUUCUCUUGUUUAGGUACGACGGCGAUCUGCAAUUUACAGUAGGAAUUUUCAGCAAGAAUGGACUGGAGAUAGAAGUGAAGUCAACAACUAUGAGCAAAAAUAAAAAAGCUACAAUAUCUGACGGGGGCAAAAAGCGAAAAAAGCCAGGAAAAUACCCUUACAGUUCCAAAUUCCCUAAACAGACUAGUGCUAACGGUGAAAAUGGCAUGGAACAUGAAACUCCAAGAAGAAGCGCUGCACUUGAGAAAGUAGAGGACCUUCUCACUCCAAGUAUUCCUCAAUUUGUGAAAUGUCUGAAAGGCUACAAUGUGAACAAGUCCUGUUUCUUGUAUGUUCCAAAGUCCUUCUAUGAACAACUUUCAAAAUCAGACGAUAAGACAACAGUCGUCCUCCGUAUUUUGGAAGGAAAAGAGUGGAAAGUGAAUUGUGUAUCACAAAAAGGAUAUCGCGCUUUCUGUGGAGGAUGGAACACAGUUUGUGAGUGAUAACAAGCUUAAGCAAGGAUAUGUCUGUGUUUUUCAG